ACGUUUUGAUACGGAAGUAGCUAACUAUCAAGCUAACUCUAGCUCGUGGAGUUUGAUAAAUAGCUAGCUAAUCAUUUAUGUUUUUGUUUUUUUUAAACGAGGCAGUUAUAGUUCUAUAACAUGGCAGUGAGCGCAGUUCACCUCGAAUCAGAUGCCUUUUUGGUUUGCAUGAGUCAUGCAUUAAGUACCGAGAAGGAGGAAGUAAUGGGACUCUGCAUCGGAGAGGUAACGUUUGCUAGCUAGUUAACGUUAGCCUUUUAGCUAAAUAACUUUAUCAAUCAAUCAAAGUUUAUUGGUCGCGUACACCGUUGAGCAGAUGUUAUAGUGGGUGCAGUGAAAUGCUUGUUACUAUCGCAAUACAGAUAGAUAGAUAGAUAGAUAUAUGGAUGGCUACAUGCAUUCUAGUAUGAUUAAUCAGGCUGUAACUCACACUUGGUAUAUACAAUUAAUUGUGUAUAUUCCUGCCUGAUUAGUCAGACUACAUGCAUGCAUCCCUUGUUGUUACAUUCAUAUUCUCAGUUGGCAUAUGUCCCCAACUUCGUAUAGUGAGUGACACAUUUAAUUGAUUCUAACUAGCAACCCUGCUAAGUAUUCUGCUUUCUCAGUCACCUGGUUUGUUUACACAGGUGGAUAACAACCGCAUCGUCCACAUUCAUUCUGUUAUUAUUCUCCGACGCUCAGACAAGAGGAAGGAUCGCGUGGAAAUCUCGCCUGAGCAGCUAUCUUCAGCGGCUACCGAAGCUGAGAUAUCCUUUGUGCAACAUGUCUCAUUCAUGAACUUAAAUCUCUGUCUUCUGGUGGUGUCUUGCAGGAUAUCAACGUGACCGUCAGUGUCAUGGAUGUCACAAAUGUCACUGUGACAGGUAGAGGUCUCAUAGGAUUCCUGAGGACACAGCCAUUGUAUCAUUUUGCUAAUCUAUUUCCUUAGUAAGAGCUACAGGUUGGCUGAAAUGACUGGACGGCCGAUGCGUGUAGUUGGUUGGUACCACUCUCACCCCCACAUCACUGUGUGGCCAUCACAUGUGGGUAAGAACCAGAGCACCCCUCUACCACAUCAAUUCCACAACUUUAGAUUUCACUGUCAUGGCAAACUGUUUCAGUCGGUGUCUGAGUCAUUCAUUUUCUACAACAGAUGUAAGGACACAGGCCAUGUACCAAAUGAUGGACCAGGGCUUUGUUGGGCUGAUAUUCUCCUGCUUCAUUGAGGAUAAGAACACAAAAGUAGGGUUUAAGUGAUAGCAAUUUAAAAUAUAUAAAGUUAUUUUGAUAUACAAAGGGGCAUUGAAUUAAUUAAAUGAUUAUUUUCUCUUAGACCGGUCGAGUUCUCUACACCUGCUUCCAGUCUGUGCAAGCCCAGAAAGGCUCUGAGUAAGUGUGCCCCUGUUUGGUAACCACUGUUUGCAGUAAAAUUAAUAUCCUAUCCAGAUCUCAGUUAAACAAAAUUAGGUGUUAUCUCCCUCAUGACUACUAAUUAGAGGAAGAUUCAAUUGAUUCAGUCCUUUUCAAAGCAGUUGUCCACAAAAAAUAAGCCAUUUAAUAAUAUCGGCACAAAUACUGAAUUGCGUCCCUGAUCUGUGUUGAUAAAGGUACGAGAGAAUCGAGAUCCCAAUUCAUGUGGUUCCGCACGAGGCCAUUGGGAAAGUGUGCCUUGAAUCAGCAGUGGAGCUCCCAAGAAUCCUCUGCCAGGAAGAGCAGGAUACCUACAGAAAGAUUCAUAGGUAUGUAGCCUCGGAAGCCCAGGGGUGCGUUGAUUUUGGUUCAACGUUUGCUUCGUUGCAUGACUGUUUGUACUGAAUGAUAUGUUUCACCAAAACGUUACCUGGAAACCCAAUGUUGAAUUACAUUGAAUUCUAUGUAGGGCAGAAAUGAGCGUUUGAAUCAGGAAAGUUUCUUCUCACGACCUCUACAAGCCAGAAUGUUAAAUACAAUUAUAUUUUAAUGUACUUAACCAAGUCCGUGCAGUUGGUCAUUUUGGCGUUAGGAAUGUGAGACAAUAUAUCCACAGGAAAGUAUAAUUACAUCAACUUUUCAACGCGCUGGUAGUGCAUUCAGAUUUCUAUCACCUGAAGCAUGUGCACAAGAAAAUAAAUACAUGCACGAGACACAUCCAUAUUUGCCGAGCUCGUGCACAUGUUUACAUGGUUCUUGUGCGCAUGCUUCAGGUGAUAGAAAUCUGAACGCACUACCAGCGCUUUGAAAAGUUGAUAUCAUUAUACUUUACUGUGGAUAUGUCUCACAUUCCUACCCCCAAAAGGACCAACCGCACGGACAACCGGUAAAGUACAUUAAAAUAUAAUUGUAUUCAACAUUCUGGCUAGUAGAGGUUGUGAGAGGAAAAUGUACUCAUUCAAACGCACAUUUCUGACUGACGUAGAAUUCAAUGCAAUUCAUCGUCAGGUUUCCAGGAAACCCAAAACGGUGCACACCAUUCUUCAACAGCCUUUAAGGUACAUUUGGUGGUUGUGGUGAGCUGUGGCCUGAUAAAUAUGGGUGUGACCAUUUUCAAAUGGCAAAACUCCUGCAGCACACCAUACACAAUUGCCCUCUGGGCCACCAUAAUCAUGUCAUUCAUCAACUGAUUGUUUAGUACAGUUCCAUUCAAUUAUUUAACGUUCAACACUGUUCUGUCGUACUGAACGCACCCCAGGCUUCUAAAGUUUUGUUCGAAAGCCUGGGGAAGUUCUCCUCAGGAAGAUGAUAAAAAGGGGUGGAGUCUAGAUGGAAACUAGUGAUGCAUUGAAGGUAUUUGAUUAAACUGGCCUGGGUUGCACCAGGCUAUGGCCCGUCACAUGACCGGGCGAAGCCAGUGAGGGAGGCGCUCCCUGGUACCUCUUUUUUGGAAUGUGUUGAGCCCCCCUGCAACUGCCUCUGCCACACUGAACAACACAUUUCCCCUUUGUCUACCAUAAUAUACAAAAUUGUCAUGCUGCAAAUGCAGGACUCAGGGCAGCUCAUUGUGUAUUGCUCAUUGUUAAUGGAGUAAUUUUAAGUAUUUCAUUCCUUUGCAGCUUAACUCACCUGGAUCCGAUCACGAAGAUACACAAUGGCUCAGGUUGGUGUCAUGUAUUUGUUGACAACUGAUAUUUGAUUGUAUCAGCAUGCACAUUUUAAUAUCACAGACAGUGCAGCUGUCUUGACUGUGCUUUCUCCUCCUGACGUGUGUGUGUGUGUGUGUGUGUGUGUGUGUGUACGUUUCAGUGUUCACUAAGAACCUGUGCAGUCAGAUGUCUGCUGUGAGUGGUCCCCUGCUGCAGUGGCUGGAGGACCGUUUGGAGCAGAACAGACAGAGCGUCAUUGAGCUGCAGCUGGAGAAGGAGAGACUAACUCAGGAGCUGGCAACCAUGUGAGGGAGAGGUAAGGAAAAUACUAAUGUUUCUGCAGUGCCAUACACCUUCUCACACGAGGACAAAUGACUAAGGGAAUCUCAUCAUGGCUAACUGAACUGUGGACGUGAAAUUUAAACCACCAUCUACCUGAAUCUUUCUCCAUCUGAACAAAGUUUUCGCUCUGAACACUUGUCUUUGCCUCCCAAUGCCACCACACACCUUAGGGGGUGUUUUCCUGUUAGGUCAUGCUCUGUGUACUACUAAACGCUAUACUGUAUUUUCAAGAACAUUGUCACUCCCAGACUAAAAUGUAGUUUUUAAAAUUCACUUUAGUUCCUUGGCACUGAGCAUUUGAUGCGUUUUUCAUUUUCAUCAACCUAUAUUUAUGUUUUGAAUGGAAGGUACAAUGGACCUUGAGCAUGAAAGGAUGUCCCUAUGUGAAUUGACAAUUUUUAAAAUGUGACGUAGUAUAUCCAGGUAUUUGCUUAUUCAAGUAUUUUAUGUUUCAUGCUUCUUUAUUUGUGCUCUAUAAGUCAUCUCCUUGACACAUAUAUCUGAUUGCUUGUAGUUAUGAAUGUUUUCAUGAGUUAGUUCAUGGAAAUGUAUUGCUAUUCCAAACCAUUAACCUGAUCAGCUCCUGCAGAGUUUGAGUUCUAUGUGAGACUUUUGGUCAGAAAAGCUCAGAAUAUGUUGGUUCUCUUAGAAUGGCAGUACGAGAGGCGGUUUGUAAUUAAGUAUUUCAUAUGAGGGAGGGGUGGUGGAGGAGUUGGGAUAUUACUCUGUUUGGUUAAUACAGCAUUUUUAGCUAAACGACGUCUACAUGUCAAUUUAUGUCUGUAUUUUGGUGGAAUCAUCUUAGCUUAUUUAGCAGCCAAUUGCUUAGUCAUCAUUGUGCCUUGUCAUGCUUGUAUGGGUUCUGUUUGAGGGAUUAAACAGCCCCCCCCCCACCGAGUCGUACUUUUUUUUUCUUGAUGACUCACUGUCUUAAAUAUUUGUGUCAGUUGAUUGAAGC